AUGUUUACUGCAUCAUCAAAGAUGCCGCUCCGUUUUGUAGAUGUUGCUGUCACCUACACCGCCGAUCAAUUUCACGGCAUCUAUCGCGGCAAAAAGUACCACGAGAGUGACUUUUCUGAUGUUAUCAAACGCGCGCAGCAAUAUGGUUGCGAGAAGAUGAUUCUCACCACAAUGACCAUGGCCGGCGCACAUAUUAACUUGCAACUGGCGAGGCAAUAUCCUCGUAUCUGCACGAUGACGUUAGGCGUACAUCCCUACCACGUCGAGGAGAUCUACGCUACCCAAGAUGGUGGUGUAUCGUAUCUCCAAAGCCUUCGAGAACUCGGAACUCGGCUACUUGCCGAAUCUCCUUCGUCAGUGGUGGCAUUCGGCGAAAUCGGACUGGACUAUGAGUAUCUUGACCGCGCCGACAAAGAAACACAACAACGAGCAUUCCGCGAUCAACUGAAUUUAGCCGUGGACAUGCAACUGCCACUCUUCCUUCAUGUCCGCGACUCCUGCGCCGAUUUUAUAGACAUCAUUUCACCGUAUAUGUCCCGCUUUCCUCGUGGUGGGCUGGUCCAUUCCUUCUCAGGAUCCAGAGCCGAAAUGGAACAGUUGGUCGGUUUAGGGUUGGAUAUUAGUGUGAAUGGAAUCAGCUUUCGGACAGACGAUCAGCUGGAUAUGGUGCGCCAUAUACCGUUAGACAAGCUACAGUUGGAAACGGAUGCGCCAUGGUGCGAGGUGCUGAGCCAGGAUGAGAAGAUCGCGUCGUACUUGGAGAGAGCACGCCCACUACCCCCCUCCCGGAAAUAUCAGAAGUUUAUUGCCGGGCAGAUGAUCAAAUCGCGCAACGAACCUUGUACCAUUGAGCGCGUUGCGAUGGUCGUCGCUGGCCUUAAGGGGAUUCCGGUCGAAACUGUGGCGGAAGCAGCGUGGAAUAACAGUGUGCGUAUGUUUGGUUAG